CAGUUAAAGUCAACGAUGAGCUGGCUGCUGGGCCUCCUCGGGCUUCAGAUCCUGUUCCUCUGGCUCCUGCGUCUGCCCGGCGAGAUCCUGGCCAUUCCCACGCCGCUCAAGCUGCCAGGCUACACCCACAAGUUGACGCCCUACAUCAAGCACUGGGAGGCGGCGAACUUUGAUCGAGGGGUGCUGCAGGAGGCGCAGGUCAGGCACCUGGAGCAGGCCCGCUUCCGGCAAAAGCGACAGGUGAGGCCAGAGGCCACUUCGCCGAGUGGACUGGCGCACACCAUUCGCUUGAAUUUCUCCGCCCACGACAGAGAUUUUCGCCUGGUGCUGCGCCAGCAGCCACAUUCGGUGUUCGCCCACGAUGUAGAGAUCGAGAAUACUCUGGGUCCCAUCGACUACGAUGUCUCGCGCAUUUAUACGGGAAGCCUGGAGGACGAUGAGGCCGCCCACGUCCAGGCGAUCCUCACCAGCGACAAUCUGCUGGACGGGACGAUAGAGACCCAGGCGGAGCACUACUACAUCGAGCCAGCGCAUCGAUAUUCCCAGCAGCUGGCCGAGAGCGGUGUCCACAGCAUAGUCUAUAAGUUAAGUGAUGUAAAUAUGCAGAAGGCGCAGUUUACGGGUGGAGGACUCAACUCCGCCGCGCCCGCCAAGACGCACUGCGCCAGCGAGAAGCUGAGGAAAAAGCGAUGGCUGCCAGAGGAGCUGGCCAUGUCUGAUGCUCCUGCGCCCACAUACAAUCGCAAUCCACCCCUACCGCUGGAUUUGGAGGUGCCGUAUAACGAUGAUUUCCGCGUCCUAGCCUCAGAAGAGGACAAAAGCGAGGAGUCGUCGAGGAAGUACCCAACCACUUCCACAACCAGGAGCACGGUGCGCAGUACAGAGAGCUUUUUGGCCACGCUGACUAAGCCCACGUCGAACCGCAACAUACUUGUAAAUAACUACAAUCCCUCCAAUGUCGGCGAGGGAAGUCGCAGCUACAGCAACAACAAUGCCAACAGCAAUAAUAAUAAUAAUAAUAACAACAACAACAAUAGUAACAACAAUGUGCGGAAGUUGUACACGAAACACAAGAACAUUAUUGUGAGCACGUACAAUCGACCCAUCGAACCGGAAUUCGGAACGCCCUACGAGGAACCGAACAAUGGUACCCGCGACCUGCCCAGUAACUUCUUCAAUGCCAACUGGACGACGCUCUUUCUGGGAAACAAUAACAAUGGGAACGACCGACCCAGCCACAAGACGCAUGUGGAGAUCAUCACCAAGAAUGGAGCCACAAAGAAGCCAAAUAUUAUUGUAAACAACUACAAUCCGGAGAUCAUAUUCGCCCCCAAUCCACACAAUCCUAGUUUCAACAGCAUGUUGAUGACGAAUCUUCUGAGUGGAAGGGGCGGCGAGGAUAUUCAUAGUUCUCCAAGGCUACUCUACGAUCGCAAAACCACUUGCAUGCUGUAUCUACAGGCGGAUCAUACGUUUUUCCAGAAAAUGGGUUCCGACGAGGCGUCCAUAGAGGCUAUCACUCGGCAUGUGCAGCGGGCCAAUACAAUCUACCGGAACACGGACUUUAACAACGAUGGCAAGCCGGAUAAUAUCACCUUUAUGAUUAAGCGCAUCAAGGUGCACAACAUGAACGCGAUGAAGGAUCCCAGCUACAGAUUCCCUGGCAACUACGGGGUGGAAAAGUUCCUCGAACUGUUUUCGGAGGAGGACUACGAUGCCUUUUGCUUGGCUUACAUGUUCACUUACCGUGAUUUCGAGAUGGGAACUUUGGGGUUGGCCUGGACGGGGGAUCUUAAGAACGCUGGCGGAGUCUGCGAAAAGAAUGGCCACUACAGGGGUUCCCUUAAGUCCCUCAAUACGGGAAUAGUAACGCUGUUGAACUAUGGAAAGCAUGUACCACCUGCAGUCUCCCAUGUCACUUUGGCCCACGAAAUUGGCCACAAUUUUGGAUCACCGCACGAUCCAGAGCAGUGUACUCCCGGCGGAGAGGAUGGCAACUUUAUAAUGUUUGCCCGCGCCACAUCGGGUGACAAAAAGAAUAACAAUAAGUUCAGCACAUGUUCGCUGAAAUCAAUUGAGCCCGUUCUGAAUGCCAAGGCACGUUCUAUGAAGGGCUGUUUCACAGAGCCACAGUCAUCGAUUUGCGGGAAUGGCGUGGUGGAACCGGGCGAGCAAUGCGACUGUGGAUGGGAGGAGGACUGCAAAGACUCGUGCUGUUUUCCCAUGUCAAGGCAACCGCGCCUGGAUGAAACUCCCUGCACCCUGACACCUCACGCCCGCUGUAGUCCCUCUCAAGGACCCUGUUGCACCACCGAUUGCAAACUGAAGUUCGGUGACAAGUGCCGGGAUGAUAAUGGCUGUCGGGAUCCUUCCUUCUGCGACGGACGGGUGCCUCAGUGUCCUCCAUCGGUAAACAAACCAAACAAAACCAUCUGCAACAAGGAGUUCGUCUGCUACAUGGGUGACUGCACGGGAAGUAUUUGUUUGGCUUAUGGACUCGAAUCAUGCCAGUGUAUACCUGGACCCCAAGACGAUCGAAUCAAGUCCUGUGAGCUGUGCUGUAAACUGCCAGGAGAGGACAGUCCCUGCCGAAGUUCCUUCGAAUGGAAUGAAGCUCCUUUCGAUGUGCCCGAUAUGUACUCGAAACCGGGAACACCCUGCAAUGAUUAUAAUGGUUACUGUGAUGUGUUUCAAAAGUGCAGGGAAGUUGAUCCCUCUGGUCCGCUAGCCACUUUGCGCAAGCUCCUUCUUUCAGAGGAGAGUAUAGCCAGCUUCAAGAAGUGGAUGCAGCACAACUGGUACACAGUAGCUUUAGCUGCUGUAGGCGUAAUUCUGCUUUUGGCGCUGAGCACAAAGCUGUUGGCGAAGCGGUCGAAUCUGAAGCUUAAAUCUGUCACCAUUAUACACAGCGCCACCACAGAGACAGUGCGUCUGCCGGAGAAUAACAACGGGGUGAUAGUCCAUACAGCAGUAAGGACAAAAGUACCUUUCAAGAAGAAGGUUCGUGGCGAGCGGACCAAGAAACCAGGAACGGGAACAGUAACUGUAGCAGGAGUAACAUCUACUGCUGCAGUUGCAUCCCGAAGUGCAGCCAAAAGCAGUGCCAAUCCAGAGCCAAAGAAGACAACUAGAUCCCAAGCGAUGGCCAAGAAGAAAUCGCUUGAGGAAGAGCCUAAGAAAUCGAACAAAAAGCUGGGCAAGCACAUGAAAGAGAUUAUCGACUAUUCGCAUCGUAACAACAACGGCGAUGAUGCCUCCAAUUUGUCGACCACCAAUAACCAUACCAACACCUUUGGUAAGGUGCAAAAGUGGCUUUUGGAAUCACCAAUUGUGGCCCAACCUCUGUCACACAUUGAGCACAGUUCUCGAGUUCGCAAGGUGAUGAGCAAAUCGCAAUCUACGCCAGAGAGACUUGUUCAAAAAACACCCCAGAAAACCAAGUCCAUGGGCAAUCUAUCCAACGAGAAGGUCAAGCUGCAGGUGGUCUACAAGCCGCCCUUCAAGUUCUCCUUAAGGUUGUCCAAGAAACCGAAAGUAAAAACUCAUGUGGUGGGCGCAGGUGGAGGAAGGCCAAAGAGAAGCCAAAAAACUAAUAACCGAACAGCAGGUCAAUCCUCUUCUAAGGAUGUGACCACUCGAGCCAAAAGAAGUGCCCUGCUCCUCUGCAACGAGGCGGAGGAUGAUAACCAGAUUCUCACCCUCAACGAACCCAACUACGAGACCUUGAAGCCACCAACGCCUCCACGUUCUUUGGAGCAUUGCUACGAGAAUGUGGAUAUGCAGGCAGAGCCCUCCUCUUCAAAGCCCAGCAGCAGCAGUAAGGUUGCUCCAAGCUCACAAAACAGAUCUAGUUUAGAUGCGGCUCCUCCUCCAGUUCCUGCUCAAAGGAACUCCUAUCGCAGGUCUAACUCCCUGUCCACACACAAUCCCUUUGCGGCUGCACCUCGCCGAAGCAGCAGUAAGGUUAGUGGAUCGGUGAACCUCACGCGAAACUUUGGAAGCACUCAGAAUCUGAUUAAUCUCAGUCAGAAUCUGUCCAAAACAAAGAAGCGCAGUAGUCUUAACCUAAAGGCUAACGGUAGUGCAUCCAGCAGAAGCGGGAAGGAUCCUCCAACAGUUUCCUCGCCACAAAGACGUUCAUCGUCAAAUGCAAACCUUCGCAGGGACAGCAGUGUCUCAUCUUCGAAGGCAGUUCCAAUUCCACCGACCAGGAACUCGCGGAAUAGCUUUAGCAACAUUCCAAGGGCUAGUUUGGGAGGAGCAAACAGCAAUGCCACCACAAACUCCGGAGCGGCACCACCCAGUUUCUCUCGUCAAUCUUCCAGCAGCACGGCCACAAGCAGCUCCUCCAUUACUCCAGGCUUAACAUCUGGAGUAGCGUUGCAACAGUCCGCCUCCACAAGCGCCAUGCAGCGUCAGCCACCCUCGCAGCCCAUGAAGAGAAGCCUACACAACUUCAGGACGCGCUCCACAGGCCCAGGAGCAGCAACUGGAAAACCAGGAGCAGCAGCAACAUCUGCAGGAGGAGCAGCAACUGCAUCAGCAGCACCAACAUCAAAUGAGCUGCCCUCAGAUCUGGAGGUAGUUGUAUCCGAUGUGGAGAACCUGGUUAGCUAAGGGCAGCUCUCCCGUUCCAGUUUCCAAAACCAACCAAGUGAAAGUGAUAAGUCUUAAUGUUAGUUAUACAAAUUGUCGCAUAGGUUUACUUGCAUAACAUAUAUAUAUAUUUGUACAUACAUUAUAUAUAUGUGUACUUUACACUGCCUUAAACUUGCCGUUUCUGCUGAAUAUGUGAAAUACCACGCCCAAUCACACGUACAGACACUGAACCGCAUUCCACACGCCCAUAAAUCCCCCGACCAAGCCUCGCCCACCACCUCGAAUGCAUCACCACCCACUCAGCCACCCAACCGCUCACCCACUUGCCCACUGAUGCCACCGCAAUCCAAACCGCCAGCCGCACUCACCGCACUUUGUACCUUCUACUGUUUACUGUUUGUAUUGUAUUGUGUAAUCUGAAAUUUAACCAAUCUCACUAGUUCCGGCUUCCAGAUUUGAUCAAAUUUCGAGGAUUUUAUAUUUAACUGUUUUUUAACAUUCGAUAAAUGUUCCUUAGUAAUAGAUGAAGGAGGUUUUUAAGAUGGAAUCUCAAAGAAUAUAUCCUCUGAUUUGAUCGAAUUUGGAACUGGUAACAGGGCAUAUUAUCAGGCUUUCAGUUUCGUCUGAGUUCAGUUUAUAUAAAAAAAAAAAUGAGCUUUACUUCAAAAUAAAAUUCUCAUUUCAAUCACAGACAUGAAACUUCAUAACCAAUUAUAAGAACACAAUCGAAAUUGAAUAUCUGAUCACAUGCCCAUCCCUUAUGUUUGCCUAAACUUGGCUUAUACUUCAAGUUAAUUUCAAAGCAGUAUUACUGUAAUCGUUAUGUACCUACUAUAUAUUUAAAUUGCUUAGUUUGCCUGCUAUUCAAGUUUCAAACAACGAUCACUACUCAUCUGAACUACGAAGAACACACAGAACAAUACAAGGUGCUAUUUUAGUAACGAACUAAAACGAUCAAAUAUUAGCCGAGAACAAUUCAAAAUCCUUUGCAUAUUUUCUCAAGAUCAAAACUAAGAUUAGAGGAGAAUAGAGGUAGAUAGAGGUUGGUGAAGCAGAAGAAGUAGAAUAUAGGAUAAUAACAUGGGGAGCCGGGUAAAGUUGCAAAUAGUUGUACGGAAUAGAUACAAAGAUAACCAACGAGAUACUGUCAAUAAAUCAAAAGCGUCAUGCAUCGAAAGUAGGUUUUAGAAAAUGCCCAGCAAAGCCACAUAGGAAGUUAGCCACCCCACCAUUAACAUUAAUCCACCCGAUCCCCUGGAGCACCGGCACCUGUAAACACGCAUCGAUCCCAUAGGAACACCUGCAAUUCCGUAGUCCGUAGUGUACAUAGGAUAUCGAAUGGACAUAGUUUUUAUAUGCAAUACCAAGUUAGAGCAACAAGCAAUGAGAACAAACCAGAAUGGGACACCUAACACCUAGCGAUAUUCAUGCAUACGUAGGAUAUAGAGUCACAUUCCGUAUUGAAAUCACAGAGCAGCGGCUUUCGAGUUACACACGAACACCCCAAACACCGCAACACCCAAUAACAAUAACGAUCUUUAGGCUAAGAAUAACAAUUGAUAUUUGUAGCUAUAUGAAUGUGUAGGAAAUCAAAGGCGUAUCAAAAAAAUAUAUACAUACAUCCAUAUGGGGCGUGCAAUAGCCAUUGCAACUUUACGAGCAUUUGGGUAUAUUUUUGUGGAAUGUACAAGAUACAAGAUAGAAGAUACAUAAGCUCAGCUCAAGUAACCGAAAACCGACCCAAAAUAUCGAAUAUAUACAGACAGACAGUUAACGCGUUGGCCAGUAAAGGAAAAACGGAGAACGGAAAUAGUUGAAACGAGUACGCGACAAUCGCUUUGAAAUGCUUAACAUAAAAAAACAAAUUAUGGUAAACCCCAAAAUCGAAUUGAAGUUUAGUUUCUACUUGACUACUUAAAUCUAUAUAAAAUAUUGGCAGGAAAAAGUAUUGAAAAUUACCAAAAGAAAAAAAAAGAAGUUUAGGACACAUAGAAAAUACACUGGAAUGGGAAUAUGUUUCUUAAUAGAUUGUACUAAAUGCAAACCAAAUAAGGACAUGCAAGAUUCUCGUCAAAAUUUUUCAAAGACUUCAGCUCAAAUUAGAAAACAAAAAACUUCUAGGAUUACAUCUACUCCCAUUCCGUGUAUUUCCAAAGGUCAAAUUUGAUUACCAAGUGUAAUUAAAACGAUGGAAGAAGGAAGGAACAUUUUGAAAAUUGCCAAUGUUUGUGUACUGUAUAUAAUGAAAUGCAAAUGAUUAUUGUCUAAGCGGAUGGAAGAGAGUAUUUUGAGCGUGACAAAAAGACUAUUUAGCGCGAAAUGAACAAUUUUUGUGUAAUGUACAUAAGAAACCGAUUGAUUUUAAUCUAAAUAUACAUAAAUAUUAAUGUAAUUGUAAAACUGCAAACGAUUUUUAAAUCUGUAUGUGUAUUGUGUACCUCAAUUGUAAUUAAUUUUUUUAUACUUUUCACGAGAUGGAUUAAUGCUAUUUUUAUAAUUUAGCUAAAUGAAUUAUAAACACGUAUGUACGUCUCCCGAUCCCCCACGAAACCAACGUCUGCCCCCUAGUUAAUGGCCAGUUUUAAAUGUUGUCCAAGACCGCAUCACCCAUCCAACAACCUACAUAAAUACAUAUGUAAUUUUGUCAAUUAAGAACGCGUAAAUGUCUUUAAGAAGUCGAAAGAAUUAAAACGAAAUGAAAUGAAACGAAUAAAACAAAAACCGAAGAGCAAAGAAGUGAAUACUAGCAUUUUACGAUUAAUAUUUUAAAAGACAAUUCAAAACAAUAAUUAACGUAUGUAUUAUGAUUAGCAAACAAAAAGCACAUGUGUGAGAAAUCAGUUGUACUUUAUGUUACGAUUACUACAAUACUUUAUUUAUUAAUCUUAUCGUUAGGCAAUAACACGAGUGUAACUAAUUUUUAACCCGAACACACACAUAUGCGAUACUUUAUAAUUUCCUCAUUUUAAGCAAAAUUCAAUUAACAAUAAAAAUGAAACUAAUA